AUGCUGGCGAAGUCUGGCCGCGUAGUUCAGAUUGCCUGGCAAACGCUGCAUUCUACAAUCCCUGAAAGUGAACUGGAGGCCAUCCGGGCUGUGAUUUGCACAACUCCGGCUGACUACUGCAUAGCUCCUCUGCUCGAAAUCGGGCAGCAUGCCAACACUCUUGCAGACAGUCGUGGAAAGCGCUACAGAGAAGGGCCAAAUAGCUUUGAGAAGUUGCUGACUAAACGAGAAAGAGAUUGCCUACAAGAGGCACAAGCAGAGUACAGCAAGCGCUUCAAAGCUGAUCCAUCAAGUGACAGGAACUUGGUGGUCUAUUUGGGAGACAAUUUUAGCAACCGCAAAACCUGGAGCGGCAGUAGCCGUCGGUUGCCGACCUUUCGGACCGGCGGUGGCAUCACGUGGUGGUGCUCUGAAAGGAGGCCCAUGACGCAUCGUGAAAAACUGGCAUCCUUGGCUUUCCUCGUAUCACCCGAAGUAGCCUUGUCUAUGGGCGUGCCGGAAAUUCCAGUGAAAGAUUGGAAACGUGCUGCUUCCGUAAGCGGGAACUCCAUGAACUUUGCCAGUGUGGCAAUUGCACAAAUGAUUGCCCUGGCAUCAUUUCGCAAGGCUGCAGAGCGACAGUACUCGCAACGAGGAAGGCCUCUCGCCAAAACAUGCUGGGGCAUUCAGGAAGUGACCAGAUUCAUGCAGUCGCAUGUGAAAGGGAAAUCUGCUGAUGACGAUCUCGGAGCUCAUGGGUGCAUGUUUGCCGAUGGCAGUCCGCAGAAUCCUUCCCCAAUGCCGCAAUUCAUCCUCAUCAAAGAGAAGUGGGGCCCAGAACAAGUGGAGAAAUAUGAGCGUGUCAAGGUUGAACAAAGUCAGGCACGGCUUCACAUAGCCCUUGUGUUUCUGCUGGAUUUGACAAUGUUUGAGGAACGUACUCUAAGAUUAAACCUUGUUGAGAGAGGUUUUCCAGCACGCAGUCAAGAAUCCCCGAAACCCCUGAAGGUUCCAGUCUUUCAAGACCCCACCAUUUCCAUGGAGGAUUUGGAAGGGGUGGAGUUCCCACAGAAUGGCUACACGUGUGAACAAGAACAGGACAAGUUUCUCAUCCAGCAUGCCGAUCUACCUGGUUUGACAGUCCAGCCUUUUGGCUUCAACUGGAUGUGCACUGUUCAAAACAAGGCCCUCAUAAUAACCUUUUCGCACCCAAUUAGUGCUGCGAAAGACCUAUUUGUCUAUCGUUUCUCGGGCUUGCUCAAAUCCUGUCUUUAUCUGGAAGAAUCCAAGGUGGUGUACACGUGA